AGAAGCACAUACUAUUCUUGGAGCUCUUUCCCAUGAUUCAAUAUUGAUAGGUGUAGGCCGCUCCGGGAUGCAAAAAGUGAAAACCACCAAAUUUUAUAAAUACAAGUAAUAUUUGACUAGAUCAAUUGAAAAGGUAAAAUUCAGCAAAAAUAACUUGGUAUAGGCGUAUAGCACGAUGACAUGAGUGAUCGCUUAUCAAAAGAAAAUCAGUGAUGGUGACAUUUCUUCAAAUCCAUUAUGGUUCCCCGGCCCAGUGCGCCAGCCCGCUUCCUUCCCUUCUAACACUCAGGCCCAAAGCCUCCCAGCCCACCAGUUUUCGCUUGCCGUCGUGCCCACGCGAUUCUGAUGACUCGGUUUUUGAUGCCCAGCUUCCGUGGAAAAAAAUUCCGUCCGCUGCAGCCUGCAGCUGCUUCCCUCUCAGGAAUCAUCAGAUCAGAUCAGAUUCCUCGGCGCUGUUGAAGAGGAAGCAAAGUGGCCGGUGGCCCACGAGCUUCCCCUGCUUCUGCUCCUGGCCAACUAGGCAACUAGGCCUGAGACCGGUGACACCGAGCUUGAGCAGAGCUUGUAAAGGUCUCUCUACCCUCCGGACCUCACCUGAUCCAGCACCGCAAGCUGCUAGUCUCCGCACAGUCAAGCCUAGAACAGCGUGCGGGUCGGGUGCCAAGCAAAGCAAAGGCUUUUCUCCUUCCAGAUCCAGCCGACUAGUGGUACCUCCAGCGCAUCACCUGUCACCACAUGAAGAAAUCAGCAAACGCGAAAUUUCCUUGACCAACAUUAUGCAAGAAAAAUGUGGAGGCUAUGGACUUUUGCACCUCCGAAGCAUCGAUCGAAUUGGCUGCAUACAUGAGCAAUCCAUACGUGACUGACUUGACUUCCCGGGUUGAAGACGGAUCGAGAACCUCUGCGCAACAAUGGAGGCCAUCCACCUCGCCUACGUGCUCGUCUUCGUCCUCCUCGCCGUCUUCUUCGUCCUCCGCCUCCGGCGCCGCGGGGCCUCUCCGGCCAGGCAGCCAGCGAGGGCGACGACGGCCCACUGCCCGUACCCGAACCCGGUCCUGGGCAACACCCUCGACUUCAUCCGCAACCGCCGCCGCUUCUUCGACUGGUACGCGGACCUGCUCCGCGCGGCGCCCUCCGGCGCCAUCGAGGCGUGGGGGCCCUUAGGCUCGGGCCGCGCCGUGACCGCCGCGAGCCCGGCCGACGUCGACCACCUCCUGCGCGCGGGAUUCGCGGGCUACGUUAAAGGCGCGCGCUUCCGCGAGGCCACCGCAGACCUCAUCGGCGACGGGCUCUUCGCCGCCGACGGCCGGCUCUGGAGCCUGCAGCGGAAGCUGGCGUCGCACGCCUUCUCGUCCCGCUCGCUCCGCCGCUUCGCCGACGGCGUCCUCGCGGUCCACCUGCGGCGCGGGCUCCUGCCGUCCCUGGACGCCGCCGCCGCGGCGGGGCGGGCCGUCGACCUGCAGGCCGCGCUGCGCCGGUUCGGGUUCGGCACCAUCUGCCACGUCGCGUUUGGCAUCGAGGUUGCGGACGGGGACGGCGACCCGAGGCAGGAGGCGCUCUUCGCGGCGUUCGACGCCGCCCUCGAGAUCUCUUUCCGCCGCGCGCUCACGCCGGCCACGUGGGUGCGGCGCCUCACGAAGCUCCUCGAUGUCGGCAGGUCGCGGCGGCUCAGGGAGGCCGUCGGCCUCAUCGACGGGUACGCCAUGUCCGUCGUCGAGUCGAAGGAGGCGCGCCGGAGGAGCGGCGGCCUUGACGACGGGGACGCCGACCUGCUGUCGCGGUUCAUGGCGGCCAUGGACGGGGAGGACGGCGGCGAGCUCGGCGCCAUGUUCCCCACGCCGGCGGCCAAGCGCCGGUUCCUGCGGGACGUGGUGGUCACCUUCGUCCUCGCCGGGAAGGACACGACGUCGUCGGCGCUGACCUGGUUCUUCUGGCUCCUCGCAGCGAACCCGCGCUGCGAGCGGCGCGCCCGCGAGGAGGCCACGACGGACAGCGGCGGCGGCGUGAAGGGGAUGCACUACCUGCACGCCGCCAUCACCGAGGCGAUGCGGCUGUACCCGCCGGUGCCGUUCAACGGGCGGGUCGCGGCGCGCGAUGACGAGCUGCCGAGCGGCGCGACGGUGCGCGCGGGGUGGCACGCGAACUACUCGGCGUACGCGAUGGGGCGGAUGAGGGCGCUGUGGGGCAAGGAUUGCAUGGAGUUCGUGCCGGAGCGGUGGCUCGGCGACGGCGGCGAGUUCGUGCCCGCCGACGCGGCGCGGUACCCGGUGUUCCACGCCGGCCCGCGGGUGUGCCUCGGGAAGGAGAUGGCGUACGUGCAGAUGAAGACGGUCGCGGCGGCCGUGCUCCGGAGGUUUAGGGUGGAAGUGGUGGCGCCGGUGGCCAGCAUGGAGGCUCCGCCGGCCUACGAGAUGACGGCGACGAUGAAGAUGAAGGACGGGCUGUGGGUGCGGCUCUGCAGGCGGGAAGAGCCAGCUGAGUGACGAGAGGAGACUUUGACUGCAAGUCAGCUCAGGACACAACACAAGGACCCGGACACCCGGUUCUCGUUGGAUGACAUACUCCAGCAAUUAUAUAUAAUCCCUCCCUCCGUUCCCACGCACAAAUUUCGCUUCAUUAGCACAAUACUUUAACCGAAAAUUACUCCACUAAUGUUGUACUUAUAUUGUAAAAGUUAUAACCAUAUGUAUUUCUAUAUAUGAAUAUAAUAAUACUAUUUUUGUUUCAAA